AUGGCAAGCCCCCAGCCAAGCACAGGCCUUUGCGUUAUCGAAACAUUCAGUGAUCCGAAGGAAGAUAAGGGUGUAUUUAAGAGAAUCCGAAAAGAAAACAGAUUGACACAGGAGGCGGCUGAGAAAUCAGAUGGUACUCCCUCAAACGAUAUAAGUACAGCUAGAGGUUUCAACUGCCCAGAUGUUAACUGCAUCAAAGCAUUUGUAUUCAGUAGCGCUCUUGAUCGACAUCUUGAUUCUGGAAAGCACAUGUACCGAGCACACCAUGAAUCAUCCAUCGACUCCAUUAAAAGAAAAUGGAUACAAGCUUGCACAUCUGUAGGCACUGGCGCAAAUGGUGCCAGAGACCUAGAGAAUAACACUCUUCAUGAAUGCAGUGGUGUAGCUAAGGCUAGUGCAGAAGUGGGCUGGGCGUUAAAGAAGUCUAAAACCAGAGGUCGUUACUCAGAACAUUUAAAAGCAUAUUUAAAGAAAUUGUUCUUGGAAGGAGAGGAAACAGGAAGAAAGGCAAAUCCAUCAGAUGUGUCAUCAGGAAUAAAGAGCCUGAAAACUGAUGAUGGCAAAAGUAAAUUAUUUGAAUGUUCGGAUUGGUUGACAGCGCAACAGGUCAAGAGCUACUUUUCAAGAUUAAGUGUUCUCAAUAAAUGCGGUAAACUCCACGCAGAUGAUAUUGCUGAUGAUGAAAUUCAGGUGCUGGAGGAAGCCUUGGUACGACAGGAGAAAGUAGAUGCUAUCCAUUGUGCUAUAGAAUUAUAGAAUAGAACCAUGAUUGACUAUUACCACGUCCACGGUGUGUAUCAUGAAUGUUUGUUGUUUUGUUCAAAAUAUACAUUACAAGCUUCAUUCUUCAUCUAACCGGAAUUAUUAUCGCAUUUUGGAGUUUUGAAAGUUGCCUUGGCAAACUUUUCAAUUUGAAAUAAAACUCAGAAGCACAACUUUAAAGGUAAAUAAACGUAAAAUGUGUUUAUACAUGUCUCCAUAAAAUUCUUCUCUUGAAACCAAUUUCGCACCUCAUUGAAAAUUGUUUACAUUGCAGCAACAAAAAAUAAAUUCGAUCUGGUUAUCAGAAGCCAUAUUAAGGCGGCUUGGAGCAGUCAAAUCACUUUAAUUGUUGUUGCAGAUGUGAACGGAUUAUGUGAUAUUGGCCAAGUAGGGUCGAGCAAAUCCACCGUAAAUUUUACAGUUAAUAACUGCCCUCAAAUUUUUUUCUUGUUUUAGUAAUUUAAGAUAUAUAUCUAAUUAAGUAACAGUAAUUUUUGUCAUUUUCAUAGUGGACUUCUGAAAUAUUGACCUCUGAAAUACACAAAACCUAUGUAAUAUCAACUUUGACAUUUUUGCCCAUAAACAUAUUGUUGCCAUGGCAACGGCUUAGAAGUAAAAAUGCACCUCAUUUCUAGGUAACAUUAAUUAGCAUCUCUACUUCACAGAAAAAUAUGUUUCACACUUCUACAAUUUAUAUUUAAAUUUCUGUGGUUCAUUGUACUUGGGAUAUAUUUAUGCCGUUUUGGGUGGUCAAGAUGGUCUUUUAGAGGAAGGGUACCGUAACAUACCAUUAAAGCCACCGAUCCAACUGAUAAUUUGGGAUAGUUCAUAACUCAUUAUGUCCCACAAUUGUGCCAAGUUUGAGCAAAAUCGGUGAACCCACAUGUAGCACACCCUGCCUGGUUUGGCCUGGUUCUAUCAUGGACACACUCUUAAAACCUUAUACCCCAAUUCAAGUGCUUUUUGUACUUCAACACUUGUCCAUGUGCCGUAUAGUGCACGUUCCUCGUCGUUAUGUGUACACCAUUGUUGCUGUUAUUUUGUCACACAUGUGCGACACAGGGGAAAGGUUAAUUUUUCAUUUGUUCAUGAACAAUAUUAUUGUAAGCAUCUCCAUCGUAACAUUUUUUACAACCAUGAUAAAAACAACCGUGAAAUUGAUAAAUUGUUUUCGUUUCAUCGCAGUAACCGUCAACAUAAUGACCCAUAAUUUGUGUCUCACCACCUACGGAAAGUUUGCUGUCAAGUCGCAUAUUAUUUUCACGUAACUCAUCUUCUAUUUCACACAACCAACAUAAUGCUAUAGCACUUUGAUUUAUGUUUGCGCCACCGUACCCACAUGUUGGUAUUUGACCAAUUUGAUCUUCCUGCAAAAGUUACUACGGUAUAUCUUAAGUGCUAAACCCGCUACUGUAUGACAUGUGCGGUCAUAAAAGGGUAGUAUACCCGUUACUUUAUAGAUUAAUCUUGCACAUAUAAUGAAACCCUGUAUAAGAAUAUCCAUAUCUAAACGACAAUAGUAAUAUAUAGCUUCACGAAACACAUAGGUUUUACUUUUUUGCUGUUGAUACCAUUUAUCAAAUGCUUUAUGUUCCUUACUACCCUCGGCCGGUGGUUCAAAAUACUCUAAACCAAUCAUGGGGCCCACGUAAUUUAAAUCUGUGAAUAGAUAGGGGUGAAACCCCUUAGCAACAUUCUCAAUACCCAACGCUUCUGGAAUCUUACUCAACCGCAUACUAAGAAACAAGUAACUGUCAAUUAUUUUUAAAUUACGCUCUUCUAAUUCCAUGCACAUGAUCUUACUACCAUUCAUAAUAACCUUGGGUACAAUUUUACGUUCAACUAACAAUUCACACAUUAAAAAGAUAUUAUCAAAGCAUCCCCCAUUUUGCACAAUCCAUAUGCUACCCUUGGGUUGUGUCAUAAUAAAGUCAACUAAUUCCCGUACUAUAUCAUCAUUAUUUUUCUCACAAACAUAUUGUCUGUAUUCACAACAGGGUACUGGUUCAACAGAAAUGUCACAGUGUGGGUCAGAUGGAUGUGGUAAAAAAUGCUCAUAGUUUUUUUAUAAAAGGUUUCUCGUAGGUACAUCGUAAUUCAAUAACCCAACAUAAAUGGAGAAAUAUUUUUUGAUUCCUGGAUUGGUACACAUUUAUUUUCAAAUUAGUUUUCAUCUUGUAGGGUAUAAAUUACAAAAUAAUGAAACGCUAUAAAAAUUUGCUUGGGCAUAGCUCAGGCACACUCAGGACAUCUAGUUUACAAUGGAGAACUUGAACUUCAGAAGUUGUUGUUCAAGUUCAGAAACUCUGUAACCCCAAAACACAGUGUUUGUACCUCUUUGAAGUUUUUAAAUAGCUCAAAUAUGUUUGGAAAAACACGAAGUACAAAAACUACUAAUUAAAAUAUAAACAAAGGAUGAAAAAGGUGAGAAAAUUUUAAAAUAUUUGAGGUGUUUUCAAUUCUGACUUUGACAGCCGGCAUUUUCAAACGCAGCGUGCGGUGACAAAACAAAAGGCUUUUUAUUUCGCUAUUAAGAGCACUGAAAGUCGUCAAAAAGAGAUAAACACUUUUGAAUAUUCAUCAGGUAAGAAUUUUAACUGAAAUUCCUUUUGUUUCUGUUGAGAAAACAACGGAUUUGUGGCUAAAACGUCGUGUGCGCCAAUGUAGGUUGCUGUAAAAUGUCAGACAGGCGGUUUCUUUUGAAAUCUGACUCUAGUUUGAAAUCUGACUCUAGCUUGAAAUAAGUCCUUUUCAAGGACCAAUUGUAUAAAAAUAUAAUAUGUAUGCUCAAAUAAAAUGAAUAAUCUAAUAUUUAGGCAUUUUAGAUUGCUAUAAAAGAGUGAAAUAAAGUAUUUCAUCUUUGGUUGUUUGUCAGACGAGAGUAAACACAUUGGUGACACUUUGUUGCGCAUGCAGUUUUCAAAAGAUAAACUGCUAAAAAUAUAGCUUUUAUUUCACCAAAUAGCAAAGUAUCUUGCAGAUAUUAUUAAAAGAGCUCAAGCGAAGUAAUUCCAGAAACAGAUAUAGUAUUCAUUGUAGAGUAUUCUACUUAGUUUUAAUGCAGUUUUACUCGAAAUUUUUCUUGCCAAAAAUGUAUAUACGCACAUGACAAGUUGAACCUACUGUCUUCUAAAAGUACUUCGGCUAAAAUAACAACUUGAGCAAGACGACCAACAGUAGGGUCACGAAAACAGUCGAAAUCAUGCCAUAAAAUGCACGAAAAGUUCUUCUAAAAACUUAGUUUUAAACUAGAUUGAACUUGCUUUAAUGCUAUAUCGUAUUUCAUGAAAACAUGCCAGGUAUUUUCAUUCAAAAACACGCUCAAAAAAAUCGUAACUACUCACUUGGAUUUAGUGUUCAUGUUUCUUGCGAUUUCCCACUUCACUUUUCCGUUAGAUUGAAAGAAAUUGCUGUUUUUCUGGCUGAAAAUCGCGCGACUUGAUUUGGACAAGAACUUGACUUGAAACAUAUGCACACUCCCUUAUGUUUUACAAUAUAUUUUAUAUGUAAAACUCUUUAAAAACCUCUUCUUUUUCAUCCUUAAAACUUGCUGCAAAGUCCUAUCUUGUGACACUUUGCGGUUGUCACAGGUUUUGCAAAAAAAUAGAGUUUUAAAAUCGAAAAUCUUCGCAACCUUUUGAUCAAUUUUCUCGCAUGAUGUAUCUUCUGAAAGCCCGAAUUUUGCACUUUAUACUAGUGACCGUUGCUAGGCAACCCGAUAAACAUGCGCUAGACAAUCGUGCCCGGAAGUUGACGUGUCAUCCAGGGCGCAUGAGGGCGCAAUGAGACUUACCCCGUUCCCAAUUCCAGGGCGCAUGGGGGCGCAAUGAGACUUAAUGAGUUAACCAUGGCUUUUCGCAUUACAAUUUUAUAACAUGUGGCACAAAAAAAAACGUUGACACGCUGUUUCCAUCGUUGACAAGCGUUUGACAACAGUUUUAAAUGUCUUUUGCGUUAAAUGGUUAAAAAAACAAUUACUGUUGUAAAAUAUCACAUCACAUUCGGUACAUUGUUGUUGAAACUCGGGCUCUUUUGGACACUUUGUUGUUGAAGAAUAACACCGAUAACAUGUUAAAGAUGUUCUACAAACACGCGAUGUUUUCGUUUCGACACGUCGAAAGUAAUGCAUACAACUGAAACAAAAUUUACCCAAAUUCAAACGUGAAAACGUGUACGGCGAUAAUAUGAGAUCGUAGUGCGAAUCAUUUAGCCAAAGAAAUAUAACAUUGUUUGUAAUCCGAUGUAUCUGCUGAUUAGCGUCUACUUGUGAAUCGUAAACAAUUGUGUCAGACUGUUUUUUGAAAAAACAACUAAAUCAAUACCGUCGGGUUUUAAGUAAUUCUCAUAAACCAGUUGAAGUUGGUCGACACCGUACGGGACCUACAGGUAUCCCGCUGGUUGUGUAUACAUUUGUUACGUCAUCGUUGCUAUACAGUUCACUUAAUGUAAGGUUUUGAUUUCUAGCUAACUUCUGUGCAGUUGUAUCGUUUUGCAAGUAGGAUUUACCCACUAAUAGGGCUAAAGCCAAACAACCGUUCUUCACAUUCGUCUUGCCAAUCUGAAAAACACUGUGUCACACUUCGCGACCAUGUUUUGAUACCACGUCAUUUUUUUUCCCACUACCCAAUUCUGCAUUAGCUUUUCCGAAAUUUUUAUACAAUUUACUGUGUUUGUUAACUUUUUUUUUUAGUUUGACAUG